CGCUGAGCCAAUGAGAGGGCGGGAUAUUAGGGGGUGGGUGUCUCCGGGAUACGGCCCCGCUCAGCCGCCUCAGCGCGUCCCGAGAUGGCUGCGAGCGCUUGGGCGGGGAGGGCGCCGGUGGGCGGCCAGCAGGGGCGCGGCGAUGCGCAGCGCUGGAGAACCGCCGGGCCUUCCUUGCUCCUUCCUCGCUCCGGCAGCGAACUCCGUGUGGGUGAGACAGGGUUGGAGAUGGCUGGAAGAGCGCCGUGGCACCGCAGCAGAUUCCUCAAGGUGCAGGAUGUGGAAGUACGGGGAACCCAGCGGUGCCAGGCGCUGGGAGGUGCUGUGCAGGCGAUGAACAGAGGCAUAGCAAAGAGCGCUCCGGGUGGUACUUCCCACACGCGAUCAAGCUCAGCGCUGAGGAAAGUGGCACAACUAGAAAGCAAGAUCAUGAAUCGGAAGAAGCAGAUGGAAUUGCAAAACGCUGACUCCAGCCAGAAGCCUUUGGAUGAAGAAUCCCUCUCAUCUGCUUCCAGUCAUGAGCGCAGUGCAAGAGGCAAGAAAUACCUGAAGAAUUACGCUACAGCCUGUAAAAAUACAGCUGUCAGUAAUGCCUGUCCUAAGGAAGAAGAAAGCACCCAAAUCCCAAAAAAGAGUGGUACGGUUGAACCAAAGCCUGGUUUGGAUAGUGGAGAAAAAGAAAUGAGAGGGUUCACGGAGAACUCUCUCGAGUUUCCCUGCGGAAAUGAGAAUCGGAGGGUUGGUACAAGUGAUUCUAAGUGGAGUGGAAAGAAGAGUAGGACUCCAGUUUCAGUAGGAAUGCCUCCUCCGUCUCAUAAGGAAAUUUCACUGACAGAGGUAUCCAAAGCACCUUCUCUUCACAGCAAAGACUCAGAGAAGAAUGUUUUCGGUACAGUUGAUUUACUGACACCUCCACCAGCCAGCAGAAACCUGUCAGCACUACGUCGUAUGAAAUCUCCAUCACCAUCUUCUUCCACGAAAGACAAUACUGUAAAAAUUACCUUGCCUAGAACAGGCAAUGCCAAGCAAACCCAAAUAUCACUUGGAAGCGAUGGAAGUGAAAUAAAAUCAUUAGAUGAUUUAUUUUCAAAAGCAGCUGAUGCAGACGAUUCAACCAGCGUAAGCUCAAACGACUUCAGACUGAAUAUCCUGAGCCUUGAUGAUUUGGCAUCGAGUAUCACCAGUGAGGUGGCAGAAUUAAGGCAGCGAGGGACAGACAUUGAAAUUACUCAAGAAUCAAACAGAAAUCAAAAAAAAGAUACAUUCCAGGUGGAAAAGGACCAAUCCUCUCAUAAAACAAGUGCAGUAACUGGUGUGAGUGAUCCUUCCAAAGGGGAUACUGAAAAAAAUGUGACUGAAGCUGAUAUCUCUGAACAUUUAGGCGAAGUUUCUGCAGAUUUUUCUAGGCAGGGACAGGAUUAUCCCGAUUGUGAUGAGAGAACUGUUCAUUCAGAAUAUUCUGAAGACUUUGAAAAGUCUCUGUCCACGACAGACAGGGAAGCUGUAUCAGAAAUGUCAGAGAAAAAUUCUGAGAGUGGCACAUAUUCUGGAAAAGACCCAUCUUCUUCAACAUCAGCACCUUUGCUGACCAGAGAGAGGCAUGAACGGGUGCACAGAGUAACUGUAAAAGAAACUGCAGUUCAGACAGUGGAUUCUCCGUUCACCUACUGCUGGUCAAAGACAAACAGCACUGCAGUACUUGGCCCACCUGUUGGAAACAGCUACAUUGAUCCAGUACCUAUUGCCAGUCAUGUCAUCAGCAUGGAUGCAGUAGAAGCCUUGACUGCGUACAGUCCAUCAGUGCUUGUUCUAAAUGCCAUGCUAAAACAGCACUUGAUGUUGACCCAGCAGUUUGUGGAGAACAUUCAGCACCUACACUUAUGCCUUGUGGAGUCGUUAGAGAAUGAGAAGUUCCACUAUCACACACUGGAAGAGGCUAAAGAGUACAUCAAGAAUCACAAAUCCCCACCUCUAACACUUGAACAAGCACGUGAAAAAAUUCAGAAAGCGCAGGAGGAGAAACUACUCUGACCCUAUCAACAUUAAGAUUUACACUUACAAAGCUCAAGCUGCAACAAGAACCACUUUCAAACUAUACAGAUAAAGUUGUAAACUGAUUUGUACCGUUUCGUAUCUUGUAAUAUAAUUUAUUUUCCUGCAUGUUUUUUUUUUCUCCUGUACAUGAUGGAGGGAUAGAUGCCUUCAGUCAAACUACCUCAGUGUUCAGAAAAAAAUAUAUAAAUAAGAAAACACUUCUCUAAAGGUAGGGGGGUAAGUCAGCACGGACGACGUGUUUAUCACAUAGCUCAUUUAUCUCUGAUUGUGGUAGAAAGGCAAAAUCUAUAUGUAGCACCAAGGACCGUGAUCACAGUAGAAAAAUACCAUCCUGACCUUAGUGCCUUAUUUAAACAGCCCCAUCAAGUUGCUACAAAACCAAACGUAUGCAAUGUUAAGGUAAAUGCAGUACAAGGGUGCUGAAGUGCUGAAAUCCAUUUAGUCUCAAGCACGAGCCACUGUGUUUUUUUUAUUAAAAAAAGUGUUUAUUGGAAGGCAAAACAAUAAAAUUCACAAGUUGAUAACA